UACGGUUUAUAAAUCAGUUGCCUAGAUCGAUUCAUGUUUGUAACGAAUCAAUGGUGUUUGGUCGUGACAAUACAAAAUUAUUCAAGGGUUGACACCAGCUGACAUUUGUAUAAAUAUUUUGACUCGAUUCUACACAGAAGAAAAAAUUUCUUAAAAAAAAGGCAAAAAAAUCGAAAAAUCCCCUGAGUGUUUCAUAAAGACGAGGGAAAGACUGUUGUUUUACGUCAGAGCAUGUCCGCGAAGGCGUAAUGGCAAUAAAUGGGACGAUGGAAUGUCCUCCCAGGAGUUGAAAUCCCUCCAUUCAACUACAGAUCACCUGUGAUAAAUCGGAAAAUGCCAACAGGGCCCAGCGUCAGAAACGGUCCGGCCCUCUUAUAAUUUCUUCCCCUUCUUCCUACGAUGCUUCGUCUCGUCUGAUAUCAGCGACCGACGCCCGCCAGUAACCUCCGCCACCUGGAAAUUUCGCUUGUCACGUCGAAUCGCAGUCGCCCUCCUUGGCCAGGAAGAUGUCCGAGACGCCGAGGGACGCCCGCUCGAGUCGGGGUGCCUCGCCCACCAGGAGCACUCGCCCCAGGAGCAUUUCCAGGCCUUCUCAGGCCCAGGACGGAGCCUCUUCCAGGCACGAGUCGAGGCACGAGCCCGUCGACCAGCCACACAACAACGACGACAGGAUCUUGAUGCUCCCAGUCGAAGGCGAAGGACCCGCAGACCGUCUGUCCACAGCGAGCAAUUCAAAACAUUGUUGGAUUUGUUUUGCAACAGAAGAAGACGAUCAAAAUGCCAUCUGGACCCAACCCUGCAACUGUAGAGGUACUACCAAAUGGGUUCAUCAAGCAUGCCUACAACAAUGGGUUGAUGAAAAGCAGAAAGACAGUAGGGACAAAAAGGUCGCUUGCCCCCAGUGCAAGACAGAAUACCUUAUUUAUUUCCCGAAAGCGAACAGUUUAGUUGUCAUACUUGAUAGAGCAGAUGCCUUGAUAUACAGAAUGUGCCCCUUCAUCGCAGCCGGCAUACUUGUCGGUUCUCUCUAUUGGACUGCAGUCACUUACGGAGCAGUAACAGUUAUGCAGGUAGCCGGCCAGGCAGAAGCUACUCAGCUCAUGGAAAGGAUGGAACCUGCCGUCCUGCUUACAGCAUUACCCACUAUACCCAUCAGCCUCAUCGUUCUCAAAAUGUUCCACUGGGAGGACUCACUUCUCCUCUUUCUCAGAAAAACAUCACCGAGUCUGCCAAUCUUGAACUACCUUCUUCCAGCACCCGUGAGAAAUGAGUCAGGUGCUAUAACAGAGAAUCCCGUGACUGAUGGAAUGAGCUGCACAAGGGUUUUUACCGGGGCGCUCUUACUCCCUACUAUAGCUACAAUCUGCGGAAAUACUUUUUUCCAGCAUAUCCAAUCCGGCCUGCAGCGAUCCAUUGUUGGUGGAAUAGCGUUUAUUGCAGUGAAAGGGAUUAUAAAAAUGUACCACAAGCAGCAGGUCUACAAACGCUUGUCAAAGAGGAAGAUAUUGGACUACACUGAAGAGAACAUCAGGAGGACACAAGGAGGACCCAAUUCCGGAAGGUCGCAGCCAAGCAUGGGAAAUCUAGUUGCAACGUCUGCAGGCGGGGGUGUGACUUCGGGGCCGCCCCCUGGCAACCAGGCAUCAGUGCCCGGCCUGGACAACACCGCUUCCCAACAGUAGUCAUUCGUAUGCGUCCAAUAAAGCAAUACAGUCUUAUAUUCCCAUGAGUCAUAAAUUCUGCUCGAUAUUUCUUUUAUUUUGUUUGCGGAGAAUGUGUUUGAUUUUUGUUGUAACGUAACAUUCUGGAUACUUCAUCUAGAAAUGUUGAUUUUUUUUUU